AUGAUACCAACUACUCACCCACCUGUCAAACCCCAGAGAAUUCAGGAACUAUUCCCCGAUGCCAUCAUAUCAAAAAUCACUCCAGCACCUGAGCACCCCCGUUACAAUUAUGACGGUUUCGACCCGGGACGUCGAGUUCUAGAAGCAGGUCAUGUCCGCUAUCCGGGUCGCAGGCCGUUCGGUGUACGAACUAUAUAUGAGCGAGACCAAGCCAUUAUUGUUCGCGAUGGCGCUCGCCUAUACGCAGAUAUCUUCCGCCCCCAGUCAUCAGAUACACAGCCUGUCCCGUGUAUCCUUCCGUGGAGCCCGUACGGUAAAACUGGGACUGGUCCUCAAAAUUACGACUUCAUGGCACCCUAUCGAGCGGGAAUCGCCCUUGAUCGCACAUCAGGCUAUGAAAAGUUUGAGGCCCCAGAUCCUGCCGACUGGGCCGGACGUGGCUAUGCUGUGUUGAAUAUUGAUGCUCGUGGUGCUGGGCAUAGCGAAGGAGUUAUCGCACGCUGGGGCAUUCAAGAAGCAGAAGACAUUUACGAUGUCAUCGACUGGCUGUCUAAACAGCAUUGGUGCAACGGCUCUGUCGUUAUGGCAGGAAAUUCAUGGUUGGCUAUAUCGCAAAUCAACUUUGCUUCAAGAAUGCACCACCCGGCACUGAAAGCGAUUGCACCCUGGGAAGGUUAUACGGACCUGUAUCGUCACUACGUUGCCAGGGGUGGACGCCCGCAUAUUCCUGGCUUUCACCGGAUGAUCUCAAAUGGCCUUGCAGGGCCUGAAGGUGUUGAGAAUGUUGUGGCUAUGCUGAAGAAACAUCCGUUGUACGACGACUACUGGGAGGCCAAGAGAAUUCCUGUGGAGAGCAUCUACAAUAUUCCCAUGUACGUUGUUGCUUCGUACUCAAGCAUGUUACACACGUAUGGCUCGUUCCAGACUUUCCGACAAGCCAAGACAGAAAAGAAGUGGCUUCGUGUCCAUCCGUAUCAAGAGUGGUACGACAUGUAUCGACAAUCCGUGUCGGAUGAACUUCAACAAUUCUUUGACUUCUAUUGCAAGCCUGGCAGUGUCAAAGACACCAACUGGGAAACCUUAACACCCAAGGUUCGCCUUUCACUUCUCGGCUUUGAGGCAGAUGGAAGUUCCGCGACGACUGUUGUUGAAAGGCAUGAGCAGAGUUACCCGCUUGCAAGACAAAGGCUACGAACCGUAUUCCUAGACGGAAAAACAGGAAAGCUGGUGGAUACAAGGCCAGAUCAGGAAUCCAUAAAGUCAUAUGAAGGAAAGAGUUUGACUGGUAGAUUGACCUUUACAGCUACGUUUGACGUCGCAACUGAGCUGGCUGGUUACCCAAAGGUAGUGCUACACAUGUCAUGCCCUGAUCAUGAUGAUUUCGACGUCGUUGUGCAGAUCCGCAAGAUUGACAACAAAGGCCGGCAGCUCUCACAUCUCAACUACCCUUGUCCUGUUGCUAUUGACGAGGUACCCGAUGUAAACACGGCGAAAACUUUAGGCCCGCAGGGCUUCCUUCGAGCUUCGCACAGCGUCUCUCUUAAUGGAGAUGGCGGGCCUGUUGUUUCCGACGAUCUGUCGCGCAAGACAGACGUUUUGUACAGCCACCGCGUUCGACAGCCCAUCAGUCCGGGUACAAUUGUCCGCCUAGAGAUCCCAAUCUGGCCGGUUGGGAUGGUAUUUGCUGCUGGAGAGGGCAUAGCACUGAACGUUUCUGGACAUGAUAUGUGCCUGCCUGAGACUGACUUGUGUCGCUUGACAGAACCAGAGGAUGAGAAUGUCGGGCGGCAUUAUGUUCAUACUGGAGGGAAGUACGACAGCCAUUUGAUCAUUCCUGUUAUAAUGGGGUAG